UACUGCUGCCGCCGUCUCUGCCGCCUCAUGGCGGCCAUCGGAGUUCACCUGGGCUGCACUUCAGCCUGUGUGGCCGUCUAUAAGGAUGGCCGGGCUGAUGUGGUUGCAAAUGAUGCAGGUGACAGAGUUACUCCAGCUGUAGUUGCUUACACAGAAAAUGAAGAGGUUGUUGGAUUGGCAGCAAAACAAAGUAGAAUAAGAAAUAUUUCAAAUACAGUAAUGAAAGUAAAGCAGAUCCUUGGCAGAAGCUCUGAUGAUCCGCAGGCUCAGAAAUACAUCACGGAAAGUAAAUGUUUAGUCAUUGAAAAGAAUGGAAAGUUACGAUACGAAAUAGAUACUGGAGAAGAAACAAAGUUUGUUAACCCAGAAGAUGUUGCCAGACUGAUAUUUAGUAAAAUGAAAGAAACAGCACAUUCUGUAUUGGGCUCAGAUGCAAAUGAUGUAGUUAUUACUGUUCCAUUUGAUUUUGGAGAAAAGCAAAAAAAUGCUCUUGGGGAAGCAGCCAGAGCUGCUGGGUUUAAUGUUUUGCGGUUAAUCCAUGAACCAUCUGCAGCUCUUCUGGCUUAUGGAAUUGGACAAGACUGCCCCACUGGAAAAAGCAAUAUUUUGGUGUUUAAACUUGGAGGAACAUCCUUAUCUGUCAGUGUCAUGGAAGUGAACAGUGGAAUAUAUCGUGUUCUUUCAACAAACACUGAUGAUAACAUAGGAGGUACACAUUUCACAGAAACCUUAGCGCAGUAUCUGGCUUCAGAGUUUCAGAGAUCCUUCAAACAUGAUGUGAGAGGGAACGCCCGAGCCAUGAUGAAGCUGAUGAACAGUGCUGACAUUGCAAAGCAUUCUUUGUCAACCUUGGGAAGUGCCAAUUGUUUCCUUGACUCAUUAUAUGAAGGUCAGGAUUUUGACUGCAAUGUGUCCAGAGCAAGAUUUGAACUUCUCUGUUCUCCACUUUUUAAUAAAUGUAUAGAAGCAAUCAGAGAACUCUUAGAACAAAGUGGAUUUACAGCAGAUGAUAUCAAUAAGGUUGUUCUUUGUGGAGGGUCUUCUCGCAUCCCAAGGCUACAGCAGCUGAUUAAGGAUCUUUUCCCAAAUGUUGAGCUUCUGAAUUCUGUCCCUCCUGAUGAAGUCAUCCCUAUAGGUGCAGCUAUAGAAGCAGGGAUUCUUACUGGCAAAGAAAACCUUUUAGUCGAAGAGUCUCUUAAGAUAGAAUGUUCAGCCAAAGAUAUUUUAGUUAAGGGAGUCGAUGAAUCAGGAGCCAAAAGCUUCACAGUACUGUUCCCAUCAGGGACUCCUUUGCCGGCUCGAAGACAACACACAUUACAAGCCCCCGGAAGUAUAUCUUCAGUAUGCCUUGAACUCUAUGAGUCUGAGGGGAAGAACUCUGCAAAAGAGGAAGACAAGUUCGCACAGGUUGUACUCCAGGAUCUAGAUAAAAAAGAAAAUGGAUUACGUGAUAUAUUGGCUGUUCUUACUAUGAAAAGGGAUGGAUCUUUACAUGUGACAUGCACAGAUCAAGAGACUGGAAAAUGCGAAGCAAUCACUAUUGAAGUGGCAUCUUAGUGUUUUAGAGAAACCAGGAAUUUUUUAGAACUAGAAUAUCAUUAUUUGGUUUUGUCUAUAAGCGAUGUUUAUAUUAAAAUACUUUUUUGAAUGAACUAUAUAUGUUUCUAUUAAAAUACAAUAUAUUGGUAA